AUGUGGCUUACGGAUGGAGAGUCGCCGUUGAACCGGAGCAAAGCCCGUGUUCUGCGAGACAUAUGGGAGUCAUGCGAAGACAAUAGCGGAGGAAAACCUAUUGUGAAAUCUAAUGUGAAGAAGUACGAGUUCAAAAGACGACUUUCUGAAUUCAACAAUACAAUUCGAGUUCUUGAAGCAAAGCUGCAGGAAGCAGUAUGGAAAGAGGAAUACAAACAGGCCACCGAGAUUGAAGGGUGCUUGAAGAGAUUACGCUCACGAGAAGCGCCGCUGCUUGAGCUACUGAAGGAAAGGCAUGAUGCUAUCGUGCAGUGCAAAUAUUCGGAAGCAGAAAAAGCCAAGAUUCGAUUCGAGAAUACUCUAGAAGAUGCGCUGCAAAACAGAGAUUUCGAAAAGUUUCUGAAGCCGGAAGAGGUAAGCUAAUC